GGAACUAAAGAAACAAAGAGUUGAAGGGGGGACACAUUUAAGCAACGUACGGAUCUCUCAUGUGUAAUGAGGAAAGUCAACAGUAAUAAAUAUUUUGGGCACGUACGUCAGGCUGUAAAAUCAAACAGAGAACCGAAUGUCCAAAUACAUGGUUUCAAUACAUCAGUGCUACAGUACGUGGAGGAUAAUCGGCUUAAAAACUCAAAAGCUGAGCCCGGCACCUCUGUGGUGGUUGUGGUCGUGUAACUGUCACUCCGGUCCCGAGGUUGUUUUACAGCUGAAGGCGCAGAAAGGAGCCUCCAGUCACGAGGUAACAAAAAGGCACAAAAGAGAAAGAUCUUCAUGUCAAGAAAUACUGGACCACUUUGACCAGCAGUACAGUCAGGAACUUGGAGACUUGUGGGCAUCUGCAAGAUCAGUGCUCCUGGACCCUCAGUCUUGGCAGCAUGGGGUCAUGCUCAACCGUUUCAGCGUGGCAACAGACAUCACAGAGAUUCUCCAAUCACAGGGCUUUUCCGCAUUGCUGCCACAAACGGAUGUGUCCACAAUCCUUUGUGAUGCCCCCUUGUCAGUGGCAAACUCUAAAAACCAAGCAGGAGAAGACUCUGUUUUGCCACCUCACUACAUCUCCAAAUGUCCCCCUAAUUUCUCCCUUCACCAGCGUGGCAGCACCUCUCAUACGUUUGUUCCGGACUUUCAAUCAGAGCCUUCGCUCGCUUUGCCCCGUCCAUCAUUACAGUGUUACAUCCACCCAUAUCCACUGCGGUUUCCCUCCCAGGCUCACAGGCCCGGCCAGCUGAAACAAUACUACCUCCUGAAUGCUGCCUCCUUGCUUCCUGUGCUGGCUCUGCAAGUCAGAGAUGAGGAGAAGGUUUUGGAUCUUUGUUCUGCACCUGGAGGCAAAGCCUUAGCCAUAAUGCAGUGUGCUACCCCAGCACGUCUCUGCUGUAAUGAACCAGACCCUCACAGACGAGACUGGCUGGCCAAGACCCUGGAGUCUUUUCUGCCGCGCUCACUGAACAGCAGAGUGAUUGUGUCUGCGCAAGAUGGACGGUAUUUUGGCCAAAAUGAAGCGGGGACAUAUGACAAGGUUUUAGUCGAUGCUCCAUGUUCUAAUGACAGGAGCUGGUUGUAUUCUUGCAGCAGCCAGCAGGGGGAACAGAGACUAAAGGAAAGAGGGAGUCUGCCUGCACUUCAAGCUCAACUGCUUAGGUCUGCAUUGUCAGCGGUGCGUCCAGGGGGCGUUGUGGUCUAUUCCACUUGUACACUUUCCAGCUCUGAGAACUGUGCUGUCAUUGAGACAGUAUUGAAUGACUGUCCUGAGGCUGAACCUGAAGACCUGUGGGAGGGGAUUGCUGCUCCUUUAUCAAAAUACUUUGCAUUUAGUCCUGCUCACCGUGGUCAUGGAGGAGAGACGCUCUACAAGCUGUCCCCGCAGGCGCAGGAUGGCAGUGUGUCCUCUUAUCGCCACACACUCGGAAUUUUAGUGGUUCCUCAGCCGGGCAAGACCUGGGGACCAAUGUUUUUGUCUCGGCUCAGAAGGAGGAAAUAGUGUGCAUCCUCCUGUGCUGAAAAGAUAUGUGGAAACAAAUGGCUAAACGUACUCAUUUUGUUCUGCCGUAACUUUAGUUACCUGUGGGGUUUUUUAGUAUCCAAACUGUCUCAUGGAGCUGGCUAAUAAUCCAUCCAGACACAUUUAACACAUCGAAAACUCUACACAAUGCCAACUUCAGAGAUAGGCAGAUAUGUACAUGAGGGUGUCGCCACAUUAGGGCAAAGAAAUGAUGAUAUUUCACCUCAGUCUUGCUGACCUUUAGUGAUCUGCAUCAAAAAUACGUGGUAGGCAACCUGCAUUUAAUUAAAGCAGCUGUAAUUGAUAUUUCUAUAAGAACAAUGAAUCAAAUGACAACUUGAAAGCAACGUGACAGUUUGUGAUGACCCCACAGAGAAUUACCACCUGAAUCUGCAGCUCUCCUCAGCUUUGUGAGACUUUGAGAGUUUCAGUUCAUUGUAGCAAUGCUGACUGUUUUGGUCCACUCUCAUAGUGUUGAUUUUAAAGCAGAAACACUGAAAGUGCUCAAAAUGAAGCAUUUAGUGGUUAAAGAGCCAGAUAUCUUUUACUCAGGAGUUGGUAGAGGCCAAACAGAGCCAAAAGAAACUUCAUAUUGGGCUUAUGUUCACCAGGUAGCCAUAAGGAAGACUAAAAAUGAAUAAUGUUGCUUUUUAAUUGCUGAAUAUGAAAACUUUUUUUAACCUCUGUAACCAACUCUUAAUUUAUUUUUAUAGUAUUAUUAUUUAUUAUUGAUUUUUCUUUAUAGCAACCAUGGAAAUUACUAACACUGCAGAUGCAGAAUUAGAUGGCAUCGACUGAAUAUUUUUAAGUGCUUCACAUUAAUAACACUGGGUGUCCAUGGUGUAUAAUAGGAUUGAUAAUGCCAUAACACUGCAGCAUUCUAUAAGAUUGUGACAUUAAAAAUUAAUUCACAGUUUAUUCUGUGAGAAGUGAGUGCUUAUGGUGAGAGUUUUACUUUCUAAAUACUCUUUCAAUGGUAGUUGCAUUACAAGACCCUCGCAUCUUCCAAGCCUGAAGUCAGUAUAUCGGUUUGCACUCAUCAAAUUUUUAUUUACUCUUGACAUAGGUUAAUUUUUUCACAAGUUUUUCUUUGAACUUCAUGUCUGUUACGUUUAUUGACCUGUGUUUAUUUCUGUAUUUCUUGGGGCCAUAACUGUACUGCAGACGUUUCCCAACAUGACAUACUCUGCAGGAGGCAACAAGUUUCCUGUCUGAUAGAUUAGUUUAAUAACCUGGAAGAGCAGUAGUAAUAUAAUUAACACCUUGCCUCCUUCUUCCGUCCCACUACUCCCUUGCUGCAUUGUCCUAACUCUGAAUGAUGUUAUGCUGGAAGUCUUGCCAUGUGUGAUCUUUUAUCUGUCAUCACUCCCCUCUUCAGUGUGAUUGAGAAGGCAGUAUCAUCACUUAUAGCCGCUCAUUACCUGAGCGGACUGGUCUUGUGUCAUCCUUGAGUGAAAAGUAGACCAUUUCGCUGCAGCGUUGUAGCUUUUCACAAGGCUGUGAUUGCUCAAACCAGAAGCAAAAGGUGUUUUGAAAGUGACUGUAGACAAUAACACACCAGAAUUCUUAUAUUUUUAGCUUUUGAACUUAACAAACUGACAAAAUAAGCUGUUACGAAGGCAGUUAUGUGUGGAAAUUCUUAUUCCUUCCUUCCCCUUAUAUAAGGUUGGUGGUUCUGAGUAAGCCUAUGACACAUUGUCAAGGAUAUGAUUGCUGAAAGCUACAAGAGUCCUCCGCUGGUUUUGUUCGACUACUGUCCAUGUCCAUAGACACAAGAAUUAUUGUAUGCAUUCAUAUGGAUAUUUUUAUUGGCUGCCCUGCCUUCUUUCCACUUACAAGUGUUUUUCCAAAGUAGCCUCCGCCUCUGAUACGAGUACAUCAUUACUCCUCCACAACAUCAGUGCAACUUAGAAGUAGCGAGAUGUGGAGAUGAGAUGAUGUUUCAGUGGGGUUAACCAUGUUGCUGACCUUUGCGUGAACUCUGGUUUGUUGAUAUUCCCCAUAUUGCUGUGUUUCCUCCAGGGGAGAAUCUCUAAGCAGCUUUUCCUCCACUUCAAAGGGAGAGAAUGUAGGCCUGUUUUGCAUAAUCAGGUGGGGAACAGCUUUUUGCCAGAGAGGCAGGAAUUAAUUUGUGGGACCGCCAGAUGUAAUCAUUAAAACUCCAGUCAUUGACAAUAAAUGGGGAGGAGGAGGGGAUAGAGGAGGAACUGUAGAACAGUAGGAGGGAUGAGAAAGAGAUGUGGAGCAUAGCAGAGGGCACUAUGGCAAAGCAGGCUAAUCUGGCCCGAGCUCAGUCAGAAUGACGUUUUUUAUGUCUGAUAACAUUCAGCUCUGGUGCUCUGUGUUUGGACAUGUUGGCACGAGGGUAAUCCUGACUUCUCAUCACCCUUUCAUUUUUAUGCACUUGACGAUUUUAGCCGUGUUCAAAGUGUUUGGAAACAUAAGCCAGUCGGACUGAAAGCCAUUUAGCAGUAUGUGCAGGCUUUAAAACUCAAUUCAUAAAGCCCAUAAAUGUACUGUAUGGUUCAGUCUCACUGCUCUCAUUAACCCUGUACCCAACAGUGUGCAGACGGUGAAAUGUGCUGUACUCUGUAGCUGCUCAGCAGCAAUCACCAGACAAAGUUAGCGACUAACUGGUGAAGACUUUGUAAUUUAUGGGUAAAAUAUUAUAUACAUCACAUCAUGUUAUAUUCACCAACAAGAUACUGACUUAGAAAAGCUUCUUCAUUGUUUGUAUUGCCAAAAAUCAUUCUGUAUAUCAAUAUGUCCCCUCUUGUGAAAAUGUUUGACAGUAAGUGUGCCAGACAGUAAACAAGUGGGUCUAUAGAUUUAGUACCACCUGGGUCAUCCAUCAUUCAUUUCAAAUGUCAUAAUUUGUCAAUAUUCCAUCAGUGGAUGUGAGUAACAAGGACUGCUGCUCUUGAUUGAUUGUUACACAACCAAUCUCUGAGGAGAAAAAAGUCUGCCAGACUGAAUAAAAACGUACAGAGGUCAAGUCACGAUUUCUGCUUGUCUAUGCGUACACAAUAAAAGCAGGAGUUUUAUUCACGA